AUGGAUGUGGCUCUUCUUCUAGACUUCAUGACCGCCUCAAAUGAUGUCUUCGCAGCGAUGGAGAUGAGCCAAAAACAGUCACCGCCUGGUCUGUUCAAAAUCGCCAAAAACGAGCCGAGCAGCUCUUCGAAUUCGCAGCCAGGCACACCAGCGAUGAGUGAUCGAAGAGCGGUCCCAGCAUGCGCCAUUUGUGGUACCGAUUCCACAGGCAUUCAUUUUGGAGUGGACGCAUGUGCCGCAUGUUCGGCGUUCUUCCGGCGAACAGUCGUUCUGAAUAAGGAUUAUUCGUGUACGAAAGGAGGCAACUGUACGGUUGUCAAAGAUGGAUCAGCAGGCCAAAAGUGCAGAGCGUGUCGAUUUCGCAAGUGUAUCAAUUCGGGGAUGGACAAGAACUCUGUACAACAUCGUCGUGAUGCGAUCGGGAAGUAUUCGGCAGGUGUGAAACGAGAACUGAGUCCAGACAAUGAAUAUGAGCCGCCUUCGAAAUUAUCAACUAGCAGUGAGCCAAGUACAUCAGCAGGUUUUCCGAUCGGUGGAUCACCCCCUUCAAGAAUCCCACGUGUUCCGAGCACGAGUCGGGUGCCACCAUCACCAUGCUUCAACCCAUCGUGUGGACAGAAAUCUGUACUCCAUGAACUCAUAUGUCGACAGAAUUUUCUCGUCGAGCAGCGGCAAUUGUUUUACGCAGGAUGUCUAGGCGAUUGGUUUAGGAAACCGACUGCAGUAGAGAAUCAGACUCUCUCAGAGUUGACCGAUUUCUCGAACUGUAUGUUUCACUUGUGGAAGAUCGAACCGCGACUUGCCGCGGAUUUUAUGAAUCGUAAUCGAUAUUUGGAUCCGCUGCCAAUUGUCGAAAAAUUGAAAAUCUAUCGAAACUUUGUAAUCAUGAGACAAUCUGUGGAAGAACCCUAUUUAACCUGGAGACACGGUGGUCUCGAGAAGCGCUGGUUUGUGAUGCCGAACAAUACGUAUAUCGAUUUCACCGACGUUACCAAGUAUUUCACGAAUGGGGCUUUGAAAGAUCUCAAUCUAGACUGUGAAACAACAAAAAAUCUCUUCUUGCCGUCGUUCACCCAUGCAAUGGAUACGAUCGGACAAAAAAUGAAGAAUUUGAAUGUCUCGGAUACCGAGCUUACUGUAUUGUUGGGUCUGGUUCUACUGGAUCCUGGGAUUUAUGGGAUACAGGAAUCAACACGAAGAUUUCUGAAAGGUGUUCGUGAUCAGUUGAUUCAUGAUGUUUACAUGUAUUACGAAGAUGAAAUGGCUUCUGAAUACGACCCAGAAAUUCGGAUGGCUGACCUUUUCAUGCUUGUUGCAGCUAUUAAGAUUCACUCUAUCAAAACAUCUGAAAACAUGCAUAUGCUGCGAGUAUUCGAUUUGAUCCCUGCUGACGCUUGUUUCAAUCAAAUGCUGGAUGUGGAGAGCGUAAAUGUGUCUCCGGAUGGGAAGAGAGAUGCAGAAGCUGAACAGGGCCCGAUGCCAGUUUCUGUUCCAGAAGCAGCACGAGUAGAUUCUGCAUUUCCAUACGAUCAUGAUGAUGAAAGCCCACCUGUACUCGAAAGAAACUGUGAUGAGCCAAUUACGCCCUAA